AGUUCAGUCAUCAUUUGAUUGUGCAAAAGUUAAAGAAAGGCGUAAUAUUUAUAAAAAUGUGUACUGUUUGAUAUUUUGCUACUUACAAAAAUAUUUUUGUUCCAGUAUGGCACUAUCAUUUAGAGUUUUAUAUAAAAAUAAUAUUUAUUUUCAAAAUAUAACCAAACCGGUAAAAUGGAAUAUUAAGAAAAAUCAUCCCAUUAGAUACUUAUGCAAUGGAAUACGUUGUCAAAAUAAUAUUAAAGGAAGUGCUUUAUUAAUUGAAAGGGAACUUAGCACCCUUUACAAACCAUUUCGAUCAUGUACAACACAAAGUUCCAAAACUACAAAUAAUCCGCCACAAGAUUCAGAAAAAAAGCCUGGUGUUAUACAAAGAUUUAAACAAAUGUAUAAAGAUUAUUGGUACGUUCUGUUGCCUGUACAUAUGACAACAUCGGUUAUUUGGUUUGGUGGCUUUUACUUCUUUGUAAGAAGUGGUGUAGAUGUUAUAGGCUUGUUAGAAACAGUUGGAAUUAGUGAAAAAUUGUUGUCACCUUUAAAGGAAUCUAGUGCAGGGUACUUUGCACUGGCUCUGGCCCUGUAUAAGUUGGUGACACCUCUGAGAUAUGCUGUCACUGUUGGUGGAACAACCUAUGCUAUAAACAGGCUGACAGCCAUUGGAUGGAUAAGACCUGUACCUUCUAGGGAACGCAUGAAGGUAAUUUUUCAAGAGCAAAAAGAUAAUAUUCAAGACAAAUUCAAUGAAAGUAAACAACACUAUCAAACUCAACUGAAAGAAAAGGGCACACAUGUAAUGGAUGAAAUGCGAAGAUAUAAAACAGAAAUGCGUAAUAUAAAAAAUAAAGUAAAGAAAAUGUAGAAAAGAAAAUUAUU